UAUAGUCAUAAAUAAUUUGGAGAUUUCCUGAAACAAAACAUGUAAGCUGGAUCCAGCCUAUCCAAGCACCAGCUGUGUCUCUAGAAAUGUUCCAUACUAGCCUAUUACAGCACAUCUCUCGCGGACGUCACCGCUCGUGACGUGAACCCUGUUGUUGAGUGAAGAAGUUGUUGAGAGACAGCAAAACAUUCUGAUCCCGCGUCCUUCAUUUACAGCUAUAAUACCGUUUGAUAAUCAAUUAGUGUAAAUAUAUCUGCAACUUAAGUUUUAGUGUUGACAGUUUAGUUCUUUGUUUUUGUGUUUUUAAUAGUGUUUUUUGUGUAGUUGGCUAGUUUAGAGUAGCACACUCAUGUGAAGGUGGGCCACCCGAAGGACAGAAUUUGAGAUACCUUGCCACGGGGGAUUCGUUCAUGACGAUCAGCUUCAGUUAUCGUGUGGGCGCAAGCACUGUGGCAGGUGUUGUUGGGGCUGUGUCUCAGGCCAUUUGGGACUGCCUGGUGGAAGAAUUCAUGCCUGUGCCAACCAAGCAGGACUGGAGGGACAUUGCUGCAGGUUUCCUUCAGAGGUGGAACUUCCCCAACUGCGUGGGCUCCAUCGAUGUGCAGUCGAACAGUGACGGUGGGACCCUGGGGAACUCUGCGUUUGGUGAGGCCCUGAAAGAUGGAACACUGGACCUCCUAGAGAACUCCAUCAUCCCUGGAGCAGAGCCACGUGGACCACUGCCACACGUCUUCGUAGGUGAUGAGGCCUUUCCUCUGCGGAGCAACCUCAUGCGCCCCUUCCCUGGGACAAACCUCGCCAGGGAGAAGAGGAUGUUCAACUACCGCCUCAGCCGUGCCAGGUUGACAGUCGAGUGUGCGUUUGGUAUUCUCUCCAGCCAGUGGAGAAUGUAUCGGCGUGUCAUCGGUGUCAACCCGACAAAAGCAGAGGCGUGUGUGAAGGCCACCUGCGUCCUCCACAACUUCAUCCGGAGGUCCAGGAGAGGGGCCACUGGAUCUCCAGCAGCCAGUCCUGGCCAGGAGGGGUCAGCAGGUCUCCAGGAGGCUCCACGACUGGGCAGCAACAACGCUGCGCGUGCAGCAAUUCACGUGUUGAUUCCGGACGAACUGGUGGAGGACGAGGAGGCUGGUUCAAACAUAAAGAAAGUUGUUGUGCGACUGUCAAUGCCAGAAGGGGAAUUUAUAAAUAAAAUUUGAUCUGAGUUCACAAGCGUCCAAGGAGACUUCAGCCUGUGCAGAGUCGACAGACAGAGAAGAAUACAUGUCCUGGAGCUCUCCUCCAUCUGUCCAUCUGCAAUCAAGGAAUGUUCUGUCCUGCAAAGAUCAGCAGUGUACAUCAAACCAAAUGAGGGUAUUACGUCAAACUCCUCCACAGCACAUAACCAAACGCCAGCUGCACUGCCAACCACAGUCCCAGCCUUUCCCUCUGCUACCAUCUCAGCCCCUGGUCCUUCUGCUACCAUCUCAGCCCCUGGUCCUUCUGCUACCAUCUCAGCCCCUGGUCCUUCUGCUACCAUCUCAGCCCCUGGUCCUUCUGCUACCAUCUCAGCCCCUGGUCCUUCUGCUACCAUCUCAGCCCCUGGUCCUUCUGCUACCAUAUCAGCCCCUGGUCCUUAUGCUACCAUCUCAGCCCCUGGUCCUUCUGCUACCAUCUCAGCCCCUGGUCCUUCUGCUACCAUAUCAGCCCCUGGUCCUUCUGCUACCAUCUCAGCCCCUGGUCCUUCUGCUACCAUCUCAGCCCCUGGUCCUUCUGCUACCAUAUCAGUCCCUGGUCCUUCUGCUACCAUCUCAGCCCCUGGUCCUUCUGCUACCAUCUCAGCCCCUGGUCCUUCUGCCACCAUCUCAGCCCCUGGUCCUUCUGCUACCAUAUCAGCCCCUGGUCGUUCUACCAUCUCAGCCCCUGGUCCUUCUGCUACCAUCUCAGCCCCUGCCUUUUCCCCUGUUACCUGUCCAGCUCAAAGUCCCACAUACAUCUCCUCCACUCCAUCAACACCAGACCAGGAGGACUUUGAAGAAUAAGCUGUGCAGAGGCGCUAGAAGAUGCCAGACAUGCCGUAAAUGACAUGACUGAAGAGUUGGCUCUGAUGGGAGCUCUACGGCACCUCCGGUCCUUGGAGCACAGGAAGGUGCUGAUAGAGGCGGUUCUUCAAUUCUACUGUGAGGGACGAAUACAUGCAGCCCUCCAACAAUUCAGAGAAGGACUGGCUGCUCUUGGUGUUCUGGAGAAAGUCACCACACAUCCUCAAGCCUUUGAGAACAUAUUCCUCCAGGACACAACAUCCCUGAACGCCAAUGACAUAGUGGGGCUUUUCUAGACCAGUUGGCGAUCCUUUCCAGGAUCAAACAGGAGGCGGUUGGAGGCAAGGACCAUAGCCUUCUGGAAGGAUUGGCUCCUGGAGGUAGAAAGUGGACUUGCCUUUCCAAUUACAUUGGAGCACGUCUUAAUUUUCGCUACAGGCCUGCGAAGAAUUAGCCUGGUCCUAACCAGACCCUCGUACAUUUCAUUUGUACAGAGGGUCUGGGAUCGCUCCAUUGACA